CUAGCUGCAAGCUAAUUAUAAUAAGACGCGCGAGGCGCUGGUAGAAUUAUAUACAACAAAUAGAUAGCGAAUUCAACAUAGGCCUUUUCAUCAGCUUAUGACCACACGGUACGGUGAGAAACACUUUUUCUUAGAUUCAUGAUCCUGUUCAAUUCGCCGAAAUAUGACGUGACAGUGGUACAUCCAUUUUCAAUUAGUAUUGUGUUUUGUUAAAUGGAAUUAGAUUCAAAGAUAUAAAAUGUCUGACAAGAUAAAGACAGUUACUUUUGAAACAAAGAAUAAGACAAGCGAGAAAGACAGAGCAAAACACGAAGAAGUAAAAAAUAAUGAAGAAAAUAAUGAAGAAAAGGCAACGGAGAAAGAUGAGUCAGGAUCUGAAAAUAUCACUGAACAGGAAGAUAAACGAAGCUCGCUAUUGAAGUUCAAAAACUACAUCAAAGCAAAGAUCGAAAACCAGGAGUUUUAUGUUAAUCCCGAAGGCGACGUGAUAUUUUUAUGGAUGGUAAUUCCAUAUUAUCAGCGCCUGGUGACAUUUGCAGUUAUAUACAACUUUUGGAUGGUUAUUUUACGAAUCACUUUUAAAGAAAUGCGUGAAGAGGCUAUGUUUCGACGUAUUUUUGGAAGUGUGGACAUUUUCUGCGACGCUGUCUGUAUAUUGGACAUUUUCUUUAGCAACCGGGUUGCUUUCCUCGAGGAGGGACUUAUAGUCAAAGAUCCAAACAAGCUAUCAGCAAAUUAUCGUAAAAAAAUAAGUUUUAAAUUGGAUAUCCUCGCCGUUAUUCCACUGGGAACCAUAGCUUUGUUUAUUGGAGGAGCGUCGGAUAUAAUACAUAUCAAUUUUGACUUGGACAAUGAUCAUAUUAUAAUUCCAUUACUCCGUUUACCUCGACUAUUGAAACUUCACUCUAUGAUAAAUUUUUUUGACGUGUGUGAUAGUCGGACCAGUAACCCGAAUCGUCUACGUGCUUUCAAAUUGACAAUGUACCUAGGAAUUGUCAUUCACUGGAUUGGGUGUAUAUACUACAUGGUAUCUGAAGGAAUGACAAUACCACCAAGGCUUGAACUUACGGCUGCUUCAUUGGCAGCGCAAACCAAUAUCAUUGGUGCCAGGAAUGAGCCAAAGGAAGCUCUAAAGAAAUUGAGUGUAGAGAAAAUCAAGAGGGAGAUGAUUUAA